AGCUUAAGCGAGAAAAUUGCAAAAGCUUUUAUGCUUGCUGCGUUAAAUGGAAGAAACAACAGAUUUUCCCUUAGAGCAAACCAACAAAAACGCGCGGCACGCUGCUGAGAGCUGCUCACAAAGCACUAAACUUCGCUUAGCCGAAAUGAGCGCCGAUGAGGGCUACGCAGAAAAUGCUGGACGCACUAGCAUUUCCAGCAGCUCGGGGUCAAGCAGCGUCAGUAAUGGCAGCGCCGUUAUGCCGCAGCGAUGCAGUCUCUGCCAUCGGCUGAUGAGCAUCAUCAGAAAUAUUUCGGUGGAGCCAACCAUGUUUCUAUAUAUGUUUGCCUUUAUGAUCACCUCCGUGGUGGAGCAGAACUUCUUUCUGCAAAAGGCUUGUCGUGUCAAUAACAAUCUGAGCGACGACAUCUGUACAAAUAUCCAUAAGAAAGAGAACGAGGACUAUAAGAAACAGGUACUGGACACCACAGCUUCGUUCCAUCAGUGGGAGAACAUCUCGGCGCAUGUUUUUCCCAUUAUUUUGGCAUUAUUUCUAGGCUCCUUCUCGGAUCGUCGCGGUCGCAAACUGCCCCUGCUGAUGGGUCUGGUCGGAAAGUUCAUCUAUUCCACGAUGAUUGUGGUCAAUGCCAAGAUGUCCACCUGGCCGGUGGAGUACAUAAUCUAUACGGCAACGUUGCCGUCAGCCAUAACCGGCGCCGAUGUAGCCAUAUUUGCCUCCUGCUUUGCGUAUAUCUCCGACAUAACGACGUUGCAGCAGCGCACCAUUAGGGUGACCAUAUUGGACGCAGUCUAUUUGACUGCAAUGCCGACUGGCGUGGCCCUCGGCUCAUACCUCUUCUACAACGUAUUCAAUGAGUCGUAUGCGGACAUGUUCGCAGUGAAUGCAUCGCUGCUGCUGCUCGCCAUCGUCUAUACGCUGAUAGCCCUUAAGUGGCAAACGACGCCCAAUCAGCGGUCGCUGCGAGAAUUGGGCUGCUGUGGCUUUUGGGGCGACUACUUUGAUCAACAGCAUGUCAAGGACUCCAUAACGGUGCUCACCAAGCCGCGACAUGGCCACAGACGCAGCUUCCUCUACAUCCUGCUCAUCAGCAUGGCGCUCUACACCUUCCAGCGCGACGAGGGCAACUACUUUUAUAUGUAUACGUUUGGCAAGUUCGAUUGGCAGGUCAGCUCCUACAGCACCUUUAAGACCUUCAAGUCCGCUGCCUUUGUCAUUGCCAUGCUUUUGGGCGUGCCGCUGAUGAACAAGUUUCUCGGCUGGCGGGAUACGACCAUCAUCUUCAUCGGCACCUGGGCGCAUGCCAUUGCCCGUUUGUUCUAUUACUUUGCGCCUGGUCCGACGUUGUUGUAUGUCGGCGCCGGUGUCUGCAGCCUGGGCCCUGUAGUCGGACCAAUGAUACGCUCGAUGGCGUCCAAAAUAGUGCCACAGUCGGAGCGUGGCAAGGUCUUUGCUCUGCUCUCCGUUUGCGACAAUGCUGUGCCCUUCAUCAGCGGCGUUUGCUACGCCCAGAUCUAUCGGGCGACGCUCCAAUCAAGUCACGGAGACGGCAUCUUCCUUCUAACCAUAGGCACCCAACUGCUGGUCUUUCUGCUAGUGCUCUGCAUUCACCUUGUGCUGGGCGGCAGCUCACUGGAUGUGCCCCAGGUGAAGGAGAACGAGAGCGGACUGAUCAGGGAUAAGAAUGCGGAAAACAAUGCGCAUCAGGAAACUCAAUGAGCUCAACUACGAUCUGCGUUUUAAGCUAAUAAAAGACAAGCAAUUUUCUAUUUU